GGUGAUGUGUGUCCGUUUGACUCUUGUUGGUUUCCGCUUCCACACUUCCUCCAGAGGCUUGAGAUUUAUUUUAUAGCAGAAGCUACUCUAUGUCCGAGUCCGAUUCCCCACCCAUCGUGUAUUUUUCACUCGUACUAAACACUUGCCAGCAUUGUGAGCGAAAGCGCGAGUCAGUUGUAGUUCCAUUUGAAACUUACAAUGUCAGAGCAUAUGAAUGCAAGGUCGAUAAUGCUACAAGGUCAAGGUGCUCCGGCCGCAGGAUGCCGGUCGUCUCCUCGUGUUUGCUGUAAAUUCGCAGGGUGAGAGGGAAAUAAAUUCCGGCCGCGCCGUGUUCGCCUCUACCCUCUCCAAGUAUCGUGUACCUGCUGAUAGGAGCAAAUGAAUGGGAGCGGAAAAGCCUGACGAAGACAAUGGAAGAAGAAGAAGCGAAAGCCGGGUCCUCAUAGCCUCACUCGCGUUCUGCUAGGCAAAGUAAUACCCCCGAUCCGGUUGUCCAGCCCUGCGCUGCAGGUGUCUCACCCGCUUUGCUUUCGUCCUGGCACAAGGCGGCAUAGUGCGAGUGGUUGAGUAGGCUCAUCAGCGCUUCGGAAGCCUGAGCACAGUAAGAAAGUAUCUUGACAAGAAUCGAAUCCAGGCCGAGGCGACGUCUUCUGGGCAGACGCACGACUUCUAUCCACUCUCUUGCUCACAAAGGGAACCACCACAAGGAGUUUGACAAGACCGUACACGAUUAAGGAGCACACCUCCACUUCUGCUAUGGAUCAUGAGGCGGGAAGGCAGGAGAAAGACAGAGAGGUGGCUGACACUGUCUUUCAACGCGUUCUGCACCACGACCCUUUUUCAUUCCUCAAGUAGUUCGAGUGCGUAACUGGACCUCUGCGUUGUCUUUAGUACCAGUACCAAGACAGCGACAAUGGGAAUGUUCAUCGGGAAGAUGCAGUAUGACUUUGAAACAUCUACUGGUGCAGGAACCGAACGUAGGUAAUUUUGUUUCGACUUUUUGUCGUAGUUGAAGUGAAUUGAAGUGUUAAUGAAUUGCGGUAGUACCAGACAGAACAUGAACUUGAACAGCAAGAGGCACUUCGAGAUAUCAUGAGCACCCAUUAAUUUGCAUGCGAACCACUUUAGACCACUUUGACUUUUCUUUUGAUGCUAGACGUCCGGGUAGUUUUGCAAAGUCAUACGUAAGAGCGGCGUGCCGCUGAUGCCGCGGCCAUGGAGCGCAUGGUUGAGUACCUCGAGGGGGAGAAGUGCCCUGAGUACCUUACCGCCGCACACAAAAUCUCCAUGGGGCUGCAAGAAGCCGAGGAGGAAGACGAGGAAGAGUAUUGAUGCUUUAUUUGUAGUUUCUUUGAUGAUUAUAUCGAGUAGUACCAAAAAGCAAAACGUCACCACUUCAAGAUUGAUACGCUCAAGAUCUGCAAUGAAGAGGUUCGCUGAAAAGGGUUUUAGUUUCACUUGCGCUAUACUAGGCCGCAUGCCAAGAAAUUGAAGGUAUGAGCACUCCUAAAAUUUCGUACGCAGGUUUGAAGAUGAUGACACCGCGAAGAAGUACCAGCUGGCUACGCGACGCAAACAGCAAUAGAGGAACAGCUCAAGCAGGUGAAAAUCAAAAUCCUUAAUACAAGGAAACAACUUAUGUCGCGCAGUGGGAGGGUGAACGAGUGGACGGGGGGGAAAGAAAAACGCCAGAGGGGCAAGGGAAAAGAUUUUUGAUGCAGGGCGGGGCCAGGCAUCUGCGCCGCUUCUUGCUGAAAGAACGAAGGCGGAGCGCCAUGGCGCCCGUGGUUCCCGUCGUUGUGCGAGCGCGAGGGCCCGCCCGCCCGCACUGGGCGCGCGUUUGCUUGGCGGCAAGCCUUAGGCCCAAGCAACAACGCAAAGCGCGGCAGCAGGCGGCCGCCAGUGGACGGGGGAACAGGCCGCGCCAUGCGAGGCUGUGGCGCGUGACGCCCCGCCCGCGCGUUUGCGGUGUGGCCCGUUCGUGCCGCCUGCCUGUGUGCCCCGCCCCUGUGCGCCUUCGUGCCCCCCGCCCUUCUCCCGCGCGCAGCCUUGCAGAACGGGGGCGCGCUGGGGCCCCUGCCGCGCGCGUGGAUGGAGGACGGGCGCCGGGGCGGGGCAUUCAUACAUUGCCCUCCAGGCGCAGGGGCCCAUCACCCUCCCCCAGCACCCCCGGACAACAACGGCGCCCCCCGUGUUAGCCCGCAUGCAAUCUGUUGUGCCCCCGCCUGCUUCCCUCGCGCGCACCCUCCAAGACAGAGACGGCGGAUGGUGGCGCCCUCUGCCGGCCUCUUCGUGAACAGAGGGAGGACGCCGGGGAAGGGUGGUGGGCAGCUGCUCGCCUGCAAGCCUGGCGCUGGGGCGCGACUUUCCCUUCGCGAACAGAGCAGGGAGGGCGCCGGGGGAGGGUGGUGGGCAGCUGCUCGCCUGGUGAUUGGCCGCCGGUGGCGUUCCCCACCCAACGGCGGCGCACGCUUUUUCAGUGCGUUUCCAGCUGGAAAUCCAGCUGGAAACAUUUGGAAAAGGCAUCUGCAGCGCAUUUCCACCUGGAAAUGCAGCUGCAGACGCCCUAUCAAUGCAUUUCCCACCUGGCCUGUUCAAAGUGUUUCCAGCUGGAUUUCCAGCUGAAGAGGCCUGCUCCAUACAUUUCUAUCUGGGAGUCCAGCUGGAAACACUUUGAGAAGGCAUCUGCAGCGCGGGAAUUGCUGCAAUUUCAGGCGAAGCAAGACACCUCAAGGCAUAUCCAGGUGGAAGCUCGGGCGGAGAUGUCUAAGGGCAUUUCCAGGGGGGACGUCGGGGCUUUUCGGUUUUUUUCCCCGAGUUGCUGUGUUUAGCACAGCUAUUCUGGCUACCCGGGGAAGACAAUGGCCUAAUGGGAAGGCAUUGGGGUAAGUGGGGGCUACCGGUCUAGUGCCAGGAUAUUGGGGCCGAAUGAUAGAAGUUUGCUUCUUUUUAGUAGUUGGCGCGCUCAGCAUAGCUCUUCUGGCUACCCGGGGAUCGGGUUUUCAGUACGAUAUUGGGAGGGUAUCAGGAUAGUGAGAGGAUAUUUUUUUUUCCAGAGUUGCCGUGUUUAGCACAGCAAUUCUGGCUACCCAGGAGAAAGAUUUCCAAUAGGAUAGUGGGAGGAUGUCUUCAGGAUAGUCGGAGGAUAUUGGCAACGGAUGGGAAAAGUUCGCUCUUUUGCCCGAGUUGCCGUGUUUAGCACAGCAAUUCUGGCUACCCAGGGGAAAGAUUUCCCAGGAGGGUACUGGGAGGGUAUCAGGAUAGUGAGGGGAUAUUGGCAUAGUGGGAAGGUACGGGCAAGGGGAGGGAAAUUUUGUUUGUUUUUCCCGAGUUGCUGUGUUUAGCACAGCAAUUCUGGCUACCCAGGGGAAAGAUUUCGCAGUAGGACAGGCGACAAUCCACGCACAGCUUGCAGGGAUGCGAUCGCCGCCUUCGGUCUUCGGCCGCCUGAUCGCGUUGCUCUCCAGCUGGGCUGCAGUUUUUUUUUCCUUAGAAAUUUCAUUAAGGAAGCGCCACGCGAUCGCGCAGAUCCGAGCGACCCUGCAAAAUAUUUUGCGUCGCAAAAUACCUUGGAGCUGGAAAAUAUUUCGAGCUGGGAAAUAUUUCGACCCGGAAGAUAUUUCGGCCCGGAAAAUAUUUCGACCCGGAAAAUAUUUCGACCCGGGAAAUAUUUCGACCCGGAAAAUAUUUCGAGCCGGAAAAUAUUGCGACCCGGGAAAUAUUUCGACCCGGAAAAUAUUUCGAGCCGGAAAAUAUUUUGAGCUGGAAAAUAUUUCGAGCUGGAAAAUAUUUCGAGCUGGAAAAUAUCUCGAGCUGGGAAAUAUUCCGAGCUGGGAAAUAUUUCGAGCUUGAAAAUAUUCCGAGCUGCAAAAUGGCCGCUGGCCGUUGGCCGUUUGCGAUUUGGCCGUUGGCCGUUUGCGAUUCGGCCGCUGGCCGUUGGCCGUUUGCGAUUUGGCCGUUUGCGAUUUGGCCGUUGGCGGUUGGCGGUUGGCCGUUUGCGAUUUGGCCGGUGGCCGCUGGCCGGUGGCCGUUUGCGAUUUGGCCGUUGGCCGUUUGCGAUUUGGCCGUUGGCCGUUUGCGAUUUGGCCGUUGGCCGUUUGCGAUUUGGCCGUUGGCCGUUUGCGAUUUGGCCGUUGGCCGUUUGCGAUUUGGCCGUUGGCCGUUUGCGAUUUGGCCGUUGGCCGUUUGCGAUUCGGCCGCUGGCCGUUGGCCGUUUGCGAUUUGGCCGUUUGCGAUUUGGCCGUUGGCGGUUGGCGGUUGGCCGUUUGCGAUUUGGCCGGUUGCCGUUGGCCGUUGGGCGGUGGGCGAUUUCGCAAAUCGCGACAGCUUUGGAAAGUUUCAAAAUUGUCAAAAAAUUUCCGGCGUGGGCGAUUUUCCUCCCCGUCGCAAAGUUUUAACUCGCGCAGCUCAGCAAUAGGAGUUAUAGAUACUUCUAUUGCUGCAGUUCGUUGCAAAUUUUCAUUGUGUUUGUUAGCAAGUUAAUAUCUAAAAAGAAUUUUUCUGCGAAAUUAUUGCCCUCGUUUUGCGGUUUUCUCUUGCAUAGCGGAGCUUGCCGGGUUCGACGCAGAAGAAGAAGCUACGGCUUGCACUUUUUCUUGGGCUACUAGUUGAGACCAUGAGUUUUUUCUCUGCACGUAAACCAAUUAACGCAGUAACAGCAGGCCCUGGUCUUUGGCGUCUAUGCGUGAAAGAAAGUGCUAAGAUCAGGAUGGAGUGGUUUGUUUUGCAAAGUGAGACGGAGAUGACCUGACCGAGUAUAGAAAAAAGCAGAUUGCAUUUCAACCACCUACAAGCAGAGAAUCGUUCUUGCAUUCGUCAUCGUUUCGUAGCCCAACUUUUCAAUCUCACACCGCAAGACGAAGACGACGAGGCACUGGUGAAGGAUCUAGAUCACGACGACAGUAAGCCGAAAGACGACGAGGGGGAGCCCCGGCCUGAUUACCCCUUGCACGAAGCGGCGGCCACCAAUAGCUACUACAAAGUGGUGCACUGUCUGCGGAACACGCGUGUGAGUAUCGAGCUGAUCAACCCAGAAGGCAAGACAGCGCUGUACAUAUGCUGCGAACUAGGAAAUCCGCUCACCGUCGGUCUGCUGCUGCAGUCAGGUGCAACUGUUUGAAUUUCGCAGAGGAGGUGGGCGUUUGUUGCUUUCUUAUUGUCGAAGUGGAUGUAAAUUCCUGAUUUGGCACGCAAGGGAAUAUCUGUAUUCCAGAUUUUGAAAGCCAAAGGAGCGCUACGACUGAAACUGCACUAAGCAGAAGCGGAACGUUUGUCCUUCUCUCGAUCGAGCAUGCUUUUUGGUCGACGCGAAAAGUUUUUUCCUACCAUUUCCAGGUGCGAAGACCUACCACAAGACAUCUUUCGGGUGGGUUCCGAUGCACGUGGCAGUUUUCUGCGGGCAUACGCGUGUGGUGGAGAUUUUGAUCGAGAAAAAUGCGGCAACGAAUCCGCGCGAUAACAUGGGAGUGACGUAUCCAUUUGAAUGAGUUGGUUAGGCUGGCCAGAAAAGGUAGACAGCACUUACUUUUCUUGAUAAAGUUGAAUCCCGAACCUGGGAAGGCGAAGAUAAUGAAUCUUGGUAGGUCGAUGUCUCACACACUGUCCCUGGCUCGUCUAACGAAUUUUCGAAUUUGAUGACACGCCACUCAUGCUAAUCGCUUCCUCAUUUCGUCUAUAUCGAGACGAUUUCAUGACGCGGGCGGACCGUACCGCACGAGAGCGCGCGAAGGCGCGAUACUUUGUUAUGCUCUGCAAACUUAUUCGGUCGCGGAUGCAUGAUGAAUAGAAUAGAAUUUGCUACGCCGCAACCUUCACCUUCAGGUGCGCGACAGUUACUGCGUUUUCCCUUCUCGGCAGUUGCAGUAUCCUGUUUGUGAUACUGCGAAAGGCAUAAAUAUAUAUGACAUUUGUUCCAUGUGGCUCCGAAGUUUUUGCAAUGCAUACGUGACUACGAGGUGCAGAAUCGCCUACUGCAAACGUACGGGCCGAAGAUUGAUCCGGUGAAGACGCUGGAUGUGCUGUGUAAGCUUCGCCACGGGUACGAAGUGUACGAGGAGUACGAGCGGCCGCGGGUGCUGACCUUCUGGGAGAAGCGCCAGGGCAUUUCGCCUUUCGAGCUGGUCCGCCGCAAGCUAGACUACCAGGAGGAGAAGCAGAAAGCCAACGUAUCAAGGUGAACUGUGCAUUACAACUCCCAGCGGAAAGCGAAGUGUUUGUAUAGUGCAAAGUUCUUUCUUCAUCGACGAUUCACCCAAAAAAUAAAAAACGAAGAACUUUCUGUCUUGUAUACAUGGGAAUGAGCAGGAGAACUGCACCUUCUUCGAGAUGAAUUCGAGUGACCCCAAAAUCCCACCCUGGAGUCGUAGGGGCACACCUUUGCCGAAUGAUACAACGAGUCGGUGAACCGGUACUGGGAGUACUCGCAGCACCGGGUGGAGCUUAUCCUGGUGCGGUCGCUGGAGGGUCGCGGCAUGAACAAGCUGGACCCGAAUCUGUGCGAUCGCAAGGGCCGCACCGCGCUGAUGUACUGCUGCUCGGACGGCUAUCUGAACAUCAUCAGUCGCCUGAUCGCCCUGCGCGCGCAGAUCGACCGGAAAGACAACGUGGGGCAGACCGCGCUGUUUGCCGCCUGCAAGAACGGACAAACGCAGUCGCUGGCGAUGCUGCUGUGCGCCGGGGCGAAGGUGGAGGUGCACGACGCCUUUUUCACCUUUCCGCUUCACGUGGUCGUCGACUGUACGUGUGUGAAAUCUUGAGGCAGACGGGAAGGGCAAAAUUUCGACACUCGUUGGAGAUUUACAUUUGCAAACGGAAUGUCUGGACUUGCAUAUGAUGUGUGGGGAGGUCCACAGUAGGAAACGUAACGUUUCUAGGUUUUUCUUUUUUCGGUCGUCCUGCAUGCUCGUUGGAAGCGAAGUUCUCAUCUGCUUCAAGAUUUCACUUGGACAACUCCAGGGCACGAGCAAAUGGCUAACAUGCUGAUUCGGAUGAGCGCGUCUGUAAACGUGUACGACUCGCUAUGAGACGAAAAAGCUGUAUCACUGCUACAUCAAGCGCCCUCCUGUCUUUGCAUUGUUGUAGCAUCUUCAGCGAAUGCUAACGCACUUGCACCACCAGACUUUGCAUCGAUCGGGCGGAAGCGGGACUAAGAUGCUGAUCAUGAUGUACGAAAAUUCCAAAUGAGGAGAUGAAGCUUCAUGUGCCUGAUGAAGGUUCUUCUCCUCCGUUUGAUUUUCGCAUUUUCCUCCCGCAACAGUAUGUAACACAAGCUGAGGUCGUAGUGCCGAUGCAGUUUUUUUCUGGGAUACCCGCAGGGGCGGUCACCCCUGAUGUUUGCGAUGGACACCAGGAACGGGAAGAUCGUGCGGCAGAUUUUGGAGGAGCAUCCCGAGCUGGAUGUGGUGGACGGGCGGGGAUGGAACAUCUUCAUUUACGCCGUGCAGACGCAGCUGCUCAAGGAGCUCGGCGAGGUGCUGCUGGGUUUCGGCGACGAGAUUAAAAACGUCACGGGAUGGAAGGACCCGCAGGGCAUGUGCGCGCUGCACUACGCAUUUUUGCAAAAGUCCCGCACUCGUGCAGUAAUUCUGAUGGUGCAGUUCGAUCAUGCUGGAUCUGGAAUAGUUGCAACUUGUAUAUGCCAUGCAGUAUGAUAACUUGUAUUGCAAAAAUUUGAAUAUGAAUUUUCACGAAUUGUGCGUUACUUUUGCAGGGGAUAGGCGCCACGCCGUGACGAUGGGUAGUUUCGCGGAGGUGGAGCUGCUGACCCGGAUUUUGCCGAACGUGACGCAGGGUGACUGCAACGACAACACGUCGCUGCACCUGGCCUGCCAGGAGGGAAACGGGCAGAUCUUGCGGCACCUGCUGGAGUUCAUCUUCACGGACUCGGUGGCCUACGUGAUCGAGGAGGCGGAUGAGGAGGUGGCGGCCCGGAAGAAGAUGCUGGAGGAGCAGCGGGCCACCGCGCAGGCGGAGCUGCGGUCGGCCUACGGGACGAAGGUAGAGCCCAUCAAGACGGUGAAGUUCCACGACUUUGUGCGCAAGAAGAACGAGCGGCGGAUGCGCAAGAGUAAGGCCGAGCUGGAGCUGGAGCGGCAGCUGAAGGAGCGCGAGGAAGCGGCGCUGGGCCAGUCUUCGGACGCUGCCCGGCGGUUGUCGGAAAUGACCGUCGAUUUCCGCAACGUGCAGGAAGAAACGCCACUGCUGCUUGCCUGCAGCCGCGGCAACAUGAACUGCGUACUGCUACUGCUCGAUCGCCGCAACCCGUAUGCAAUGUUGAAAACUGAUGGUGUUGUUUCUCCGCAGGAGGGGGUGAAUGUUAAGUCGAUUAUGCAUAUCAUUUUCAUCUGCUAUUUGGUGGUCGCAGCCAGCACGCGCCGGUUUUUUGCAACACGCGGCUGCACAAGCAAGCGUUGCAGCUUCUUAUAUGUCCUUGACUGACAACAUGCAGCUGCACUACAACAGGAAAAAAGUGAAAGAAUACUUAAUCAAUAACCGUAAUGCCGCAAAGUCAUGCAUGUUAUCGGACAAGAACGAACCCGUCCGGGGAGAAGAGAACGAAAAGCAUUUCCACCUUGAUACCCGAGUGGUUGCCGACGCGAGUGCGGUCGACCGCAAUGGGAAGAACAUGCUGCACCACGCCUGCUCCGGACGAAACUUGGAUUUGGUGAACCUGCUUUUAGUCAACAAGGAUUGCACCAGCCUGUUUGGUAUGCAUUGCAAAAAUGUCUGGGUCUGGAAGGAUGGAACUUGUCAUGCUAAGUCUGGAUAGUACAAAAAAUUGUGUUGCGUGAUUACCAAAAGCUGUCCACGUUUAAACAAGUUUAGCGGCAGUUUGUCAUGCAGGAUAGACAUCAUAGAGUCUUCGCAGAACCUGUCAUGCUAGGUCCUGCAUUGCAGACCUCAUGGGGCAUCGAAAAUGUGCAUGACAAGUUUGCACUCUUCCAGACCCAGACAUUUUUGCAUUUGAUAUUUGGCACGCCCAACAAGCACCUGGCCUUCGAAUCGAUCGACGUGAACGCGCAAACCAACGACGGGACCACGGCUGCGAUGAUCGCGGCGCGCGACGGAAACUGGUCGUUGAUCCCGGGACUGGUGCUCGCGGGCGCUAGUUUGAACAUGAAGGACAAGGAUGAGUACACGGCGCUGCACUGGGCCUGCCACGAGGGAGAAACGGCCUGCGUGGCCACGUUGCUGGACUGCAAGGCAAACCUGAACGAAGUGGACGCCGCAGGGUGGACGCCCAUGCACCUGGCGACGCACGUAUGGGAUUGAAGGAGGAUUUGAUGAUGUCAGUCUAGGGAGUUCGGCACGACAAUGGAGUCUUUUUGGCAUGUUUCGAAGAUGCAGAAGGCAAAAACAUGUGAUUGUGUACUUACAGUGAAUUGUGUGAAAUCCAAUUCCAAAAGCAAAACACAAUUUACCGGUAACGCCGUGUCUUUUGAGCAAUGAGAGGCCCGACGACCAGCAAGCCGAGUGCGCUCGUCGAACUUCCAACCUUGACAGAAACUUCCUUUCGCUUUCAUACCGGGUGGGUUGCAACGACGCGGCACAGCUGCUAAUCGACAUGGGGGCAGACCUAAACCGGAAGACGGCUUCGGGGCAGACAGCCUACGACCUGGCGCGAGAGGGGGCGCACGCGCAAUUGAUCGAAAUGGACGUGGAGGACGGAAACUUUCGAGCGCUGGUCGACAUUAUCUGCGACGGAAUGCGGGAUCAUGAUCUGACCCGCGGACUCACGUCGAAACAACUGCUGAAUGGCGUCGAUGCAGACGGUAUUUCUCUACUUACUUGCUUCUCUGGCCCUGCACCACUGUCGUGCUUUUCUUGAGAGGCUUUUCUUUGCUUUGUUCGCAGCAGCGAAGGAAGUAUCCGUAGCGUCCACUGACGAAUGGAUCUUCUCUUUGCCGAUGUCGUUUUCCUUCGCCAGUGAUUGACGCGAGUACAACCAUACAUAGAUAGGAGAACUUGAUCCAGGUCAAGAAACGAUCGUUCGCAAAAGAAAACUCAAUCCCACUUCAGGUAGCAUCAUCCUGUCUCUGCUGCAUGGAAGGCAUCUUGCGUGCCCCGGGGUGGACAGCGCAUCGUUGAACACUUACGCCUAUCAAAUGUAAAAAUGUCUGGGUCUGGAAGAUUGCCAGGUUUGUCAUGCACAUUUUGCAUGACUCCUGAUGUCUGUGAUGCAUGCCCUAGCAUCACUGAUUUUGUGAGGGCUUCCUGAUGCCUAUACCGCAUGACAAAUGCUCUCUCCGUGUAGCAAAACUUGGAACCUCUCUGCUGCUCAUGCAAUACAGAUUUUUUUAGAAUCCAAAAUCAGCAUGACAAGUUGCAUUCUUCCAGACCCAGACACUUUUGCAUUUCAUAACGCCUACUUGCAGUUUGCCGCCAACCCUGACGAAAACAGCGAGAUCUGCAUAUAUCCUUUGGAAAAAGUUAGUUCUCUAGAAGUCAAGUCACCUUUCAGGUAUUGAUAUCAACAUGGGAUCUGCAUGUGGUUUCUUAUGACACGGAAAAAAUCGAUACAAGAAGUUAGAACGAAAUCAACUAUAAACACGUAUAAUAUGUCAUAGUCAUCUGACUUGAGCCGGUAACGACUUUUCCUAUGGACCCAUCGAGUAGUUGUUGUCUGGGGAACCCGAAUCCGGUGUGGAACGAGACGUUUUCGUUUCAGUUGAAGAAGCUGACCCAGUUUUCCUUUCUGAGUAUCCACUUUCUGGGCUAUCCUGAGUAAAAACGUCCCCACACCAGAGUUGUAAUGCAGACUUGCAAAGACAGGAAGACUUGUAACGCGCAUCCCCAUGAGAGCCGUUUCCAAUCGUGUUUUGGAAUUUGUGAUGCUGUGAACAGGAUGAGCAGGCGAAUCUGUGACGCGGCUGCACUUGCUAAUCUGCACUACACUGCAGAGUGCAACUUGUCAUGCAUGACUCACAAAACUCCUAGGCUUGUGUUGCAAAAUCCCCAUCCUGACUCUGGUGUGGGUACGGAUUAACUCAGGAUAUGGGCACCCAGGACACUUCGCAGCUGGACCACAUGAAGGAGGCCAUGCGGCCGGCGGAGAAGGAGAUCGGGAUCGACACGGCUGCGGCCGUGGACGUGGGCGGUAUCGAGGUGGAGGACGAAAACGGGCCGCGCGGCGCUUCGAAUCCGUUGAACGCCAGCAGUGCGGCCGGCGGGAUCGGCGGCGCCGGCGGGCCAGCCGCGACGGAGGAAACGGAGGACUACUUGCAGGCCUUCUCCUCGCAACUGGAGGCCGACCGGGCCAUGUUCAAGGCGGAUUUCGCGAAGCCGAUUCCGGUCCGCACCAUGGAAGACUCCGUGUGGCUCAGUCUGAAGAACUUUCACGAGGUCAUGCGCAAGCGGGGCUACCAGAACGUGGCCAUGCCGGCCGUGCCUAAGCGGCACAUCCCGCUCGGCGUCAUCUUUUUAAGUUUCCGCACCCUGCGCGAGUCUUUGUGGCAGCCGGGCGUGUUCGAGUUCGACCGCCCGCUGCGCAUGAGCCAGCAGGGCAGAAUACGCUUCGACCUGGAAUUCCGCCCGAGGUUCUGGAACCCCCGACCAACCGUGGACCCCAGCGACUUGGCCAGGUUUUCUGAUUAAUUUUUUGUUUUUGCGGCUCUGUUCCUCCCUAGUUUCGAAUUGCAAACAAACAUGAUAGCGGGCUUUUAAUAGUACUUACUUGUUCACACCACCACCAGAAGGACGCUCCUCAUCCACUUCAGUUUACUGCUAGUAUCAUUUAAUGACAAUUCGGCGAACUGCUCUCAAAUCCGCAGGAGUGGUGCGCUUCUAUUCCCCAUCAUUAGUCCGUGUGGCAUUCGCGAUCCGCAAGAGCACCGUGCAGCUUUACCAAGCAACUUCUUGUUACAUGAAGUUGGAAAAAUAAUAGAAAGCCGUCACACUCACAGUAUGAUCAAUUUCGCCAGCAUAUUAAAUUUAAACCUUGUACAAAAUGACAGGUUCGCGCUGCCGUCGCGCGCGAUGGUCGAGGAGCACGAGACUUUUUUCACGUACAAGGACGGCAACCGGGACUAUGGAAACAAGAUUACGCCGAUCGAGGAGGACCCUUUGCGGCGGGAGAUGCGGGAGAUACACACGUUUGACGGCGGCAAGCUCAUGUUCAUGCCGCGGCAGAACCGGCCGCGGCCGCCGGGGCAGAAGGAGAUCGUGAACCAGAGCGGGCGGCCGGAGCCGGGCAAGGAGGUGAUUGCCGACCUCCGGAACUCGGACGCGGAGCAGCGGGCGAAGGAGCGGCGGGAAAAGAAGAAGAGGCGCAAGCAGCAUCAGACGAAGAAGAGUCUGUUCGCCGAGUUUUCCCGCGUGUUCCAGUUCGGGAAAAUGGCGGUCAAGUACGAGCGCGAGAAGUACACCGUCAAGAAGGCCUGGGACGCAAAGGUGCCGAAGCAGGACCAGUUUGCGGCGGUGCGGUUCGAACUGCCGCCGGCCCCCAUGCCGGACCACUUGGUGCAGGAGCCAAACGCGGAGCUGCACCCGGACGACGAGAGAAAGGUCGACAACUCGCGGUACUCCAACAGCGGGGGGCUGUAA